AUGGCCGACCUUGCCGACGCUGACCUCUACGGUGACCUCUAUGGCAAUGAUGAAACGGACCUGAACGAGACCAAAGAGGAGGAGUCGCCCGCGGCUGACACGAAGACGAAGGAUGCAGCGGCACCCGACACUUCUACGAAAACUACAACAUCUGCUCCCACUGCAACGACACAGUCACCAAUAGUCUCAUACGCCCCUCCAACACAGCAAAUACAGACAUACGAAGAGGCAACGGACCAAUAUAGGGACAAGCCUGCGCGGACAGAAAACUCGUACUCGCAACUGGCUGCACCUGAACGCAGCGUGCGCCCCUCGGAGAUGAAAGACGAAGGGUGA